AUGAAUCAUCCAAAUGGUCACUUUCCAAUGAAUCUUCCAAUUCUGACCAGCAAAAACUAUGAUAACUGGUGCAAGCAGAUGAAGGUAGUGUUCUGCUCUCAAGAUAUGUGGAAUCUUGUAACUGUGGGUAUGCCAACAAUUGGAGCUCGUGCCACAGAUGAAGAGAAGGAGACUCAUAAAGAAACAAAAAAGAGAGAUUACAAAGCCUUGUUCAUAAUACAUCAGUGUGUAGAUACAGAUAAUUUUGAGAAGGUUGGAGAUUGUGAAUCUUCAAAAGAAGCAUGGGACAUUCUUGCUCAAUCAUUUGGUGGUGCAGAGAAAGUGAAAGAGGUUAGACUUCAAACUUACAAAAGACAAUAUGAGUUAAUUCAAAUGGAAGAUAGUGAAACUAUCUCUGAUUUCUUCACAAUAGUCACAAAACUUGUGAAUCAAAUCAAGAAUUGUGGUGAAGUGAUUACUGCUAGGUCUGUUGUCUCAAAGAUACUGAGAUCUUUAGCACCAAAGUUUGAUUAUUUGGUGGCUGCAAUAGAGCAGAACAAAGAUCUAGCAAGCAUGUCAAAAGAGGAAUUGCAACCAAUUGGAAUCUCAUGA